AGCGUUUGUUAAAUUAACAUACACGUUUUAGCUUUUUUCCCCCUAAUCCUUUUCCUAAUUCUCUGAACCUGCGACGUAAAUUCUAACCUGCUACGUAAAGCCAAAUCGGACAAAUACUGUAUCAAAUCUAGUCAUAACCCGCACGCACCACACGGUUCGGAUGAUUUCAUUCACUUUCUUUUGAGCAGUUUCUGGAGACCGGAGGACACCUUUUUUUUUUUUUGUUCCGGUGAGAGAUAAUGAUGUUGGGAUGGGGAGGAUAUCAUCGGACAGACAGGCGGAGGACAGGAGCCAACUACAGGAAAACGACUCGACUCUCAAUCUGUCUGUGUGAUGAAAAGCCACAUCAUCCGCGACUGUUGUUUACUAAACUCAACUGAUUCACCAGCUACAAUGAUCAUGGCUUGGAUACGUCCUAUACCUGCGCUAUUGCUAGCUUUUACCACCACAGCUGACAAGACAAAAGUGAAGCUUAAAACAAUACGGAAAUCUAUUGUCAGCUAUCUGUUAUAUGCUAUCUAUCUAUAUAUCUCUAUAUUUUUUUGGCCUUAUCGCCGCCUUUGAGAGAAGUGAUAUUCUGCAGUUAAUAUCCCGGAUUCGUACAAAAAGCAUCACACAGAUGAACCAGAUACUCGGGUGAUUAACCAGAUACUCGGGUGAUUAACCAGAUACUCGGGUGAUUAACCAGAUUCUCGAGUGAUUAACUAGAUACUCGAGUGAUUAACCAGAUACUCAAGCUCUGUUAAAAUGACUGUCUUCAAAAUGGAAAGCAGUCGGUAGGAGGCAAGAUCAGGUGGGACCAUUCUAGCCAAUGAGAGGACAGAUCUCCGAUAUAAAGUUAUUUUUUUCUCUCAAAUGUUUCCGCGAUAUCACGUGUCCUACUUAUACCGGUAACGUUACACUCAUAACAACUUAAACAAUACGAAACGUCUAUUCGAUCAAAUAAGCCACACCUUGCAAAUAAACCAUUACUUUUUUGUUAACCAAAUUCCACACUCAUUGUAAAUAAGAAUUUGUUCUUAUUCACUGACUUGCCUAGUUUAAAUAAAGGUUAAAAAUAAAACUUUCAAAAAACGCCACCUGCUGGAUAAGACAGAUUUUGGGCCCAUUUAUCAAUCUCUCUUCGUCUCAACCUCUGAUUAUCAUCAUCGUCCUCCCAGGCCAGCUGUGCUGUUUUAGCUGAUCGCAGUUGAUGCGAUAACGGAGGCAACCGAAGGUUUGGUUUCCAGAGCCCUUAUUUUUCUUGCUUGGUAAUGGGCCUUGUUAAUAAAAGUUCUGCAACUGGCUAGUUCGAGCUAGCUAGGGAGCUAACUACACGGAUUUGUUUUGUGCGUGCCUGUGGUCUUUACAGCCAGAAAGCGAAAUAUUACGUUUCCCCGCUUUGAUAUUUGAUACUUUUUUAUCGACCUAGAUACUCGUAGCUUUUUAACGGACAGAAUUAUUGGACAGAAUGUAUAAUUUUGGCUGAGGACAGAGUAUGACAGACAUUAUUAUAAUAACCAUCAUUCAUCUACCCUGGGGCUCCGUUCAGUCCAAUACGCCGCGGUGUGUGUAGCCCAUCCGGGAAGCGCACAUCAGCAGAGUACCAUCCUAUGCGCCUCUUGGGUGUCGAGGGCGAGAGGUGCUAACUGUUCCCAGAGCAAUUACGUCGGAGGGAGAGGACGACGUUGCCUUGCCAUCUCAGGAUUAAACCAUGGCUAAUGAACCUGUCAUCCUUAAUGUGUAUGAUAUGUACUGGAUCAACGAGUACACUUCCACUCUGGGUGUUGGAGUCUACCACUCAGGCAUUGAGAUCUAUGGCCGAGAGUUUGCGUAUGGAGGUCAUCCGUACCCAUUUAGUGGUAUAUUUGAAAUAAACCCUGGAAACACCACUGAAUUAGGAGAGACCUUCAAAUUCAAGGAGGCCAUCGCUUUGGGCACAACAGACUUUGCUGUGGAGGAUAUGGAUAAAAUCAUGGAGGACCUGGGAACAGAUUUCAAGGGCAACUCCUACCAUCUAAUGCACAAGAACUGCAACCACUUCUCAUCCUCGCUGUCUGAGCUGUUGUGUGGGCGUGAGAUCCCUCGCUGGGUGAACCGCCUGGCCUACUUCAGCUCCUGCGUGCCCUUCCUCCAGACCUGCCUCCCUAAGGAGUGGCUGACCCCCGCUGCCCUCCAGAGCCACAUCAGCAUGGGGCUCCACAAGGAGGAGCGGGAGGCUGGAGAGUCCAGCGACGAGGACCCCAACUCAGCCUCCGGGACCGCUGGGGCUGGCACCGGAUCCUCACACAGCUGUCGCCAUACACGAGUCUGAACCAAUAACUGUAGGUCUGAAGAGAAUAGCCAAUAGGACUCUCUUUCAAUGACCUUUGACCUCUGGACCAGAAGGUCACCAGCUCAGCCCUGCAGGGGAUGUGUAGUGAUAUUAUAUCUGUGGGCCUGACUGAAUAACCACCUGACCUCAUAGUACCACCACUCUGAGAACAGAGACGUGGGACGGAUGAUUAUUUAGCAUGCUAGUACUAACUCAUAAAGCCGCCGGGCCAAGGGGACCUGCAAAAUCCACUUGGAUCCUUUCCCUGAUUUUCUCCUUUUUUUAGAGUACUGUAGAUAUAUUCUGAAGGAUUUGUUAUAGGCGUUGACAAACUAACUCAGACCACGGCAUGGUUCUCUCAGAUUGACCACAGCUACAUUAUGUAGGGACGGCAGGGUAGCCUAGUGGUUAGAGUGUAGAGGCGGCAGGGUAGCCUAGUGGUUAGAGCGUUUGACUAGUAACCGGAAGGUUGCAAGUUCAAAUCCCCGAGCUGACAAAGUACAAAUCUGACAAGGUUCUGCCCUUUGAACAGGCAGUUAACCCCCGGCAGGCCGUCAUUGAAAAUAAGAAUUUGUUCUUAACUGACUUGCCAAGUUAAAUAAAGGUAAAGUAUGUACUAUAGGGCUGGGGUACUUUCUAGUGUUUGUCUUUUUCCCAGGAAUUUUUUAAACCUUUGUCAGCCUUCAUCCCUAAUGCCCUCCUUCCAGAGCAGCUUCUUCUUCAGACUAGAUGUAUAUCUGACACCACAGAGAUGCACCCAACUAGAUGUAUAUCUGACACCACAGAGAUGCACCCUAUGCCAAUUUCGGGAUGCAGUAUUAAGUAUCUCUCAGUCUGAGACGACUGGUAUUGUGGCAUUAGCAGAAGAGGUUCAAUAACUCCCUUACUUGGCCUUCAGUUGUAAUCAUCAGUGAUGCCUGUUUUGUUGAUGUGUUUGGGUAAGUUAAUAUGCUGGCCAUUUUAGAAGUUGAAGAAGCAGAACCAUAUAUAGCGAUAUAUAUUCUCUGUUUGGGAGUAACUACCUGUGGGUUGUUUUGAACGAGCACGUUUCUGCUAAACGUCAUUCUUAACUCAAAACAAUGUGUCAAGAAACAAAGGAUUCGACAACAAGAAGUGAAGACAUCUAAAUUUAAUCUCUGAUCGUAUUCAUUUUAUCAUAUGAAUAUUUAUAUUAGGUGUCAUUUGUCCAUAGCAUGGUCUCGUGCAUUGUUUAACAAGAUGGUGUCUGCACCCCAUGUAUUUUUGCCAAUUUACCACUAUCGUGAAUAACAUUGUCAGAUGACUCUGAAAGUUGCAUUUACACUCUUCUUCCAUGGAAAUCUUUCAUGAUGAAACUCAUAGUAACUGUUGAAUCACAGGCCUUGGAUGACACUCCCUGCUGCCUUCCCUACUGCCCUCCCUACUGCCUUCCCUACUGCCUUCCCUACUGCCUUCCCUGCUGCCUACCCUACUGCCUCCCCUACUGCCUUCCCUGCUGCCUUCCCUACUGCCCUCCCUACUGCCUUCCCUACUGCCUCCCCUGCCUCCCCUACUGCCUCCCCUACUGCCUUCCCUACUGCCUCCCCUACUGCCUUCCCUACUGCCUCCCCUACUGCCUCCCCUGCAGCCUUCCCUACUGCCUCCCCUGCUGCCUCCCCUACUGCCCUCCCUACUGCCUUCCCUACUGCCUUCCCUGCUGCCUUCCCUACUGCCCUCCCUGCUGCCUUCCCUGCUGCCUUCCCUGCUGCCUUCCCUACUGCCUCCCCUACUGCCUCCCCUGCUGCCUCCCCUACUGCCUCCCCUACUGCCUCCCCUACUGCCUUCCCUACUGCCUCCCCUACUGCCUUCCCUGCUGCCUCCCCUGCUGCCUUCCCUGCUGCCUCCCCUACUGCCUUCCCAGCUGAUUUCACAGAGUGAUUGAGUUGGUGUGUAGGGGGGCUGGGUUACAGUGGGAGCAUUGUGUGAAGGAAAAGGGGUUUUGUUUUCUAAAUGUCUUUUUUUGAAAUUGAUGUGGAAAUGUCUCUGAAUGUCUCACGUGCUCCCUGAAACAAGGGAGAAGUGGUCCUACCAGUCAAGUCCUGGACUAGUGUACUAAACUGACUACUAUCCCAUUAAAAACAACAUAAAUAAUGCUGUUUUCAGAUGAGACAGACAUGAGGAUACAUGUUAUUCGCCCUUUUCGGUUCAUGCGUUUAUAAUGCUGCUCUUGUAGAUUCAAUAGUAUGCCUUGUGAGGCCCACUCCAUUGUAUUCCUGUAGAAUAACAUUGUCCUUUCUUUCUCUUCUCCUUGGUUUACUGUCUCUGUCUGUCUGCUUCCACCCCCUCUGUAACCCCCAUCCCCCUCUCAGGAAAGAAAUCACAUGACCUGUGGUUGUUACACAGGUGUCUCAUUACCAUACACCAUCUCCAUGACAACUGGGGGGGGGGGGAACUAUUUAUUUGUUUAUAUACUUAUAUUUUUUAAAUAAUCUAUAUUUGUAUUUAUUUUUUAAUGCAGUAACUCCUUUUUUUGUGCAUUAUCAGGAAGAUUUGUGUUCUUCUUGUUGAAAUGUGUUCUGUAAAGGUCAGUGAAUUGAACCCAUGGAUUGAAAUGUGUUCUAUAGAGGUCAGUGAAUUGAACCCAUGGAUUGAAAUGUGUUCUAUAGAGGUCAGUGAAUUGAACCCAUGGAUUGAAAUGUGUUCUAUAGAGGUCAGUGAAUUGAACCCAUGGAUUGAAAUGUGUUCUGUAGAGGUCAGUGAAUUGAACCCAUGGAUUGAAAUGUGUUCUGUAGAGGUCAGUGAAUUGAACCCAUGGAUUGAAAUGUGUUCUGUAAAGGUCAGUGAAUUGAACCCAUGGAUUGAAAUGUGUUCUAUAGAGGUCAGUGAAUUGAACCCAUGGAUUGAAAUGUGUUCUAUAGAGGUCAGUGAAUUGAACCCAUGGAUUGAAAUGUGUUCUAUAGAGGUCAGUGAAUUGAACCCAUGGAUUGAAAUGUGUUCUAUAGAGGUCAGUGAAUUGAACCCAUGGAUUGAAAUGUGUUCUAUAGAGGUCAGUGAAUUGAACCCAUGGAUUGAAAUGUGUUCUAUAGAGGUCAGUGAAUUGAACCCAUGGAUUUGAAAUGUGUUCUGUAAAGGUCAGUGAAUUGAACCCAUGGAUUGAAAUGUGUUCUGUAGAGGUCAGUGAAUUGAACCCAUGGUUUGAAAUGUGUUCUAUAGAGGUCAGUAUUCCAUACUUUACCAUUGACACUUUCUACAGAGAAGAACAGUCUGAUAACUUUUUCUAUUGUGUCAAUUUUAACCUCAAUUGGUAAUGUGCUUUUCCCUGAAUUGAAAGACAAUGCCACAAUUUUAAGAAUGGUAAUGGAAUAAAAAGAUACAAGAAUAACACCAA